AUGGGCAAUCAAUAAGCAAAGAAAUAUUAGCAGACUGUUGAAUUCGAAGAAAAUUAAGGUUCGUAGCCUCCACCAGAUUAAUUCAACAAAAACAAAUAGAAUGUUUAAAAUCUGAGUCAGAUAUUUGAAAACAAAAAGAGUAGUUCAAUGAGUAUCAAGGAUCUCAAUAGAAGCAUGAGCAAUAAUCUUAACCCCAAAAAGAAAUUGACUUCAAAUAUCAGACUCUAAGGUCUUAGCAAUUUUAUUCUACUGAAAUAACAAGGAAUAGGAAAUCCUACAAGUCCUAUAAAAAAUGUUAUAAAUCAAUUACCCUAAAAUAAUAACUUGGUGGAGGCUUUGGUAUAAGCUAUAGUAAAAAAGUAUAAUUUUCGAUUGACAAUUAAUGAUUUUUCUACUCCCUUGCUGGCAGCAAUCUUUAAGAAAGAUCAAAGCCAAAUAAAACACAGACUUAAGGAUUUGAAUGAUUAACUUGAUUAAUAAAAAUCUUAAUAUGAGAUGACUCUAGGAUUCUGGCUAGCUAUUCAUCUAGAAACUAUUGAAGUGUGUACAUUCAUGAUAUAGAGAGUACCCUUUCUUAAAAAAAUAGUCGGUUCAAUUUUGAAAAAAGGCCAGGACAAUAAAAUGUUAUCACAUAUCAGUAGGGGUAAUAGCAGAGUAAACACAAAGCAAGAUACAAAAGUGGGUAACGGGAAAAGAAAAAAUUCAGAUUCAUAGCAAAUAGAGCCCCUGAUUGGCAUGAAAAUAAAAAAGGACAAAUUGCUAAAUGAAUUUGAUAAUGAGAAUAACGAUGAGCUAUUGACUCCCACAGAAAUAGUUUAAGAGAAAAGCACUAAAAUUGAGUAAAAGUCGAUAAGCACUAUCAAGAAAAAACAGUAACUGAGCAAAGAGGCUGUAAGUAGUGACUUAAGCAAUUUGAUCCCUACUGAGGUAUAAGUUAAUACUGAGGCAGCUAAUAGUCUUUUUGAAAAUUUCAGUGACAUCACUGAACUGAUUGAGGUAAAGACUAUAUUGAGGAAUGAAUUCCCAACUCUGAUGACUAAUUUGCUACGAGUUGCUCUCAAGAAUGAGGAAACCAAGGUAUCUUAGGUGAUCAUCGCCUAUUAUAAAACAUCAGUAACCAAGGAUAUUAUUUUGAGAGCUAUUGAAAAUGACCAAUUAGACUUCAUGUAUUAUAUGUUUGGAUUUGGGAAGAACUUUAUUUAUAAUCAGAAGACAAGAAAGUCAAAGCAACUAACUUUUAUGAAACUUUUCAAAUACAUUAGAGAGAUCAAACAAAAUUCAGACGAAUUUAAAGAUGCUAUUAAGGAAAUAUGUGAAUGGAAAUUGCAACACUCAGGGGAUAAUUUCCUGCAGGCUUUAUUGACUUUUGGCUAAGAUGAUCUUGCAAUUUAAUAUAUGGGCAGUUUCGGUCAUAACCUAAAUGAACAGCUCCUAAUAUUUUGUAUAGAGUCAUAGAACCUGAAGUUUCUAAAAGAGGACUAAGUAGUAGAAAAAUUAUUAUUCUAUUUGAAUCAAGGCACAAGGACAAACUAUAUAUUAGAUAUAAUGUCUCUUAUCGAUAUAUCUGUUGGAAGAAAUAGACAGAUCAAGGAUAUCAUGGAUGUAUUUGUUGAAUUUGCAGAAUCUAACUAUGAGAAGAAUCAACUAAAUUUGAGCUAUAAUCCUAUACUUACUAUUGUGAUGUCUUGCGAGAUUCUCAAUAAGGUCUCAAGUGUCCGUAGAAAAUUUGAAAAUGAAUCGAAGAGAAUUGUACAACAACUAUUAAGACUUGGGGAAAUGUAUAUUUCUAAAACUACAGAUGAAAAGUAAUAUGAAAAGCUGAUUCUAGACAAGGAUAUAUAGGAUCGUCCAGUUUUAAAGAUAAUUUCUAAAAAUAACUUUGAGCGUCUAAUGGACGAAAACGAUCCUAAAGCAGAAAACCUUAUGAACAAGAUCUGGAGAGGAAAUGAAGCAACCAACUGUGAUGGAAAUAUCUUUGGAUUUUCCAAUAUGUCAAACAUUGUAUUCAAACCAUUCAAAAAACUUCUUUACUCCAAGUAAAAUGGCAUCAUGGAAAUCGCUAGUAACAGUUUUGAACCUAAUUUCAAGGUUGAUUAUAUUAUCUAGCAUAGAUAUAGAUCUAAGUCUAUUUAUUUUUACUUCACCAAGGAGCUUUAUUGUGCUCUAAUGAUGCUGAUUAUUUUCUAAUGGCUGAAUUACCAGUACUUGACUCUGAUUAGCAUUGCCAAUGAUGUAAUUGAAGUUUCAGCAACAGAUGAUACUGCUGUAACUGGUGUAAUUGGAGGAACUCUCAGAUAUCUUUAAUCAUUACUAGAAUAGAGUUUAAAGGAUUAGUAAGAAGAACUCUCAGAUCUAUAAAAAUCGGGUAACAUUAUCUAUAAUCUGGGUAUUGUUUCUUACUUGUUUUCAUUCGCCCUUUUAUUCUAGCUAUUUCUCAAGUUUAUCUUCAAUCACUAUAGCAAGAGUAAAUUACCUUUUGAUAAGUGGGUAAUUUUGGAUUCACUAUCAGCAGUUCUGAACAUUAUUGCAGUAUAGGUUAUUGAAAGAGUACGCCUAGAUUAGUUGUUGGAUGGAAACUUUAAAGAUGUAAUGGAUUACUUUAUGAUAUUUGUGCUAGCAUUUUCUUGGAUUAGAUUUUUCAUGUAUUUCUUAGUCGUUAGAUCGAUCUCAAAACUACUACUUACACUUAUAGAAAUGGUGGAGGAUACAAUAUCUUUCUUUUUCAUUGUAUCAUGCUUCAUUGUAAUCAUGUCAUCAAUAUUCACUACACUUUACUAAGAUAUUAGUCCUGAGAAGUUCGGAUCUUUAACUACUACGGUCAGAACACUCUUUGAUGCAGCCCUAGCAGUUUACAGUUAUGAUGGCUUAGGUGGAAGAACAUUAUCUUAUUCAGUCUUGAUGAUUUUUCAUGUUUUCUUCAGCAAUGUCUUGCUAUUAAACUACUUGAUUGCUAUUUUAUCAACAACUUAUGAAAAUAUGAAGCAGAGUGGUAUUUUUAAGUAUAAAAAAAAUCUGUACCAGUAUUGUGAGCGAUUCAUAACUUGCUUCGAAGAACCUGCCUAUGGAGAGCUUGUAUUACAUCCUCCUCCACUCUCAUAUGGUUGCAUAAUACUCCUUCCAUUUGUCAGAAACAGACGUAAAAUGCUAAAACUCAGUCGUUUAUUCUCGAUGGUUAUGUUCUGGAUUGAGAACUGCAUAUUUAUCCCAUUCUUCAUAUUGUUCGAAAUUAUAAUGAUCCCAUUGGCAUAUUUGAAAACUGCACUAAGUAUUCUACUUUUUAUAGAUUCUGGAGUAUUUAGAAAGAUUUUCGUUCUAGCAAUUUGGCUUACUUUUGGAUUUUUCAUCGACUUCUAUCUAGUUUAUAAGGAUAUUCAAAACGUCAUUCACAUUCUCCUACAUCCUAAAGGAUUUUAGCAAAAUAUUUGGCAGCAAUUUUAGGAUGAUACUUUACCCAUCGAAACUUAAAUUGAUCUAUUAAAUCUUGCUAGGGAUAGCGUCAUAUCUCUGUUCAAAACUUUAAAAAGGCAUUUCAAAGGAGAUUCACCAUCUAGAGAGGCUAAAAGACAAAGAAGGUCGGAGUAAAAGAGGCUAUCAAAAUUUCAAAAAGAUCCUCUUAAUUUGAAACCUAAUAGCAAUGGCGCAAGUUUGGGGAAUGAACAUUCAUUGAUGGAUUAUGAUGAUGAUGAGUCUCGGCCCGAUGAUAAGACAUCAAAACCAGGAAAACUAAAGCAUGAAGCAAAAGUAGUUGAGAAUGCAGGUAUGGAAUUUCCUGAAGAUAAAAGCUCAUAAAUGAGUGUUGAUCUAAGUGAUGAAGAUAGUGAUAUUGAAAACUUUGUAAUUGAAGAUGAACUAUUUGAAUUAGAGCAAUCUAUGAGUUACAAUCCAAAUGAUUAGAAUUGUCUUUAUGUGGUAAAAAAGAGUGCUAUCGUAGAAGAUUGGAAAAUAAGGAGAAAACUUCAGUUAGACAGCAAAAGAAAUUUUAAGAAUUAAAAUUCACUUAGAGGCAAUAUCAAUGGAGAUACUAAACAAACUAAAAGUAUCAGAGCCUAUUCUUUAUUUGUGCCAAAUGAGGAUUAAAAUCUAAUUAAGGAAGAAAUAAAACGUGACGAUGACGACGAAAGCCAAAUAGAUAGAGGACUUUAGAGUAAAAUAAAUGAUAAAUUUGGUCAGGGUAGAAGAUCAAGAUUUGUGCCUGUGGAUAACCUUUUAAAUCUCAUUAAUAGAAAGAGAAAAAACCAAGAUUAAACUCAAAAUAACCAACCCAAACUUAUCUAGAAUAUUUCAAAAACCUAAAACCUUGAUAAGCAGGGUAGUUAAAAUCCAGCUUCAGAGUUUGAAAUUGAUCCCAGUCCUCAAGAAUUAAAAUGCAUCAACCAGUUCUUUAACAAUUUUGUAAUAGUCUCUGAAUCUUCUUUGUCAGAGCACAUAGACAUUGUUAUGUUCCUUAGAGCUCUGCCAGAUCGAAUCAAUGCUGAAAACAUUCACAAAGUUAAACUCUUUAACUUUAAGAUAUUCUAAGAGUCACUAAUUGCUUUCUAAAACCUAGAUUUGGUGAAUCCAUUCGAGUAUUUUGAUGAGAAAAAUAGAGAAAGAGUGCAAUAAGUAAAGGAGAGACUAAGUGAGCAGAGAAACAAUUUGGAAUAAGUGAGAGACAUUGUUAAGUUUGUGAAAAGAAAGAUGUACAAUCAUGAAGGAGUUAUGAGAAAUGAUGAACAUAAGCUGACUGAUAUGUAAAGUCUCAGUCAGAGUAGAUCUUUGAAGAAGAAGUAAACUUACUCUAAUUAGGGAGCAACACCAAUUUCCUCAAGAGUAGGUCCCUUAAGCAAAAUUCAUGGAUCUUCCCAAAACUUAAACAACAAUCUGAUUUAGAUUCAAUCUCAAAUGAAUUCUAAUAGGCUUAAUAUUAAGGGCUCUUUAUCUCCCAUUCCUGUAACCAAUCAAUUUUUUGAAAAAUAAACUCCUGCUUUUGAAGAAACAAAGUCAAAAUUUAGUCAGGGUUUUAGCAACAAUUGA